GGCCGCGCCAACCGGAACCAAACGACCAGGAAGAGAGACAAGAAAGGCCACACCCACCGGAACUAAAACCUCUCUCUUCCAAAGGAGACGACGACCACCGAUGCAGGCUGCAGCCAUGGCUCCGCCGGACGAAGACGCCGUAGAAGCGGCAGCCCCGGCGUCGUCGCUCAUCUUCCUGGGAACGGGCUGCUCCGGAGCGCUCCCGGAUGUAAGGUGCCUCAUCCGGCCGUCCACGCCGCCGUGUGCCACCUGCUCCCAGGCCCACACCCUCCCGCCGGAGCAGAACCCCAACUACAGGUGCAACACAUCCCUCUUGAUAGACUAUUGCGACAACGAUGGCACACAUAAGUACAUUCUAAUUGAUGUCGGCAAGACCUUUAGAGAACAAGUUCUCCGGUGGUUUGUUCACCACAAAGUUCCUUCCAUUAACUCGAUUAUUCUGACUCAUGAGCAUGCGGAUGCCGUCUUAGGUCUUGAUGAUGUUUGGCUGGUACACCCAAGCAACCAUAAAAAUGAGAUCGAUCGAGUUCCGGUUUUCCUCACACAAUUCACAAUGGAAAGUGUUGCAGCAAGAUUCCCAUACUUGGUGGAACAGAAGGUGGAGGAAGGCGAUGAAGUGGCCAGAGUCGCUCAACUAGACUGGACGAUAAUAGAGUGUGACGUUGACAAACCAUUUAUAUCAUCGGGGCUACAGUUUGUGCCCUUGCCAGUCAUGCACGGAGAGGAUUAUGUUUGUUUAGGCUUCCUAUUUGGGAGGAAAGCCAGAGUUGCAUAUUUGUCUGAUGUCUCCAGAAUUCUCCCUAGAACUGAGCACACAAUUUCAAAGUAUGGUGCUGGACAACUUGACCUUCUUAUACUAGAAACAAACCGGUUACAUGGGGUGGGGCAUGCUCGCAGUAGCCAUCUUACAUUUACUGAGACUCUUGAUACUAUCAAGAGGAUAUGCCCUAAGAGAGCUCUUCUGAUUGGAAUGAACCAUGAGUUCGAACAUCACAGAGAAAACCACGUUCUGGAAGAAUGGUCGGGCAGAGAAGGAAUACCAGUACAACUAGCCCAUGAUGGCCUGCGAAUCUGCAUUGAUCUGUAAUAAGGGACAUACUUUUUCACUCUGGAGCGCCCUCGAAUAAUUUUGAGAAUGCUUUUACAUUUGGGGAGCAUACUUUUUCACUCUGGAACACCCUUGAAUUAUGUAUGGAUUUUCUUAUAUCAAAUGAAAUAUAGCUCUACCCUUAUUUCAAUUUGAUAAUCACCUUUCAUACUAUUUUUGCGUCCCUUCUCAACAUUUGUCACAAAUAUCCAUAUGUAUCAUUUGAGGAGAA